AUGGCGAGACCCGCGACGGCCUCCCCAUCCACCGGAACCCUUACGAUAACCCUCGAGGAGCCAUCCCCUUCCUCCACAUCGCGGCCAUCGCAGCCGUCCCCCCACCAGACCCUCGUCCUCCGCCUCAAGCGCCCCAAGAAGGUCUCCUGGAAGGAGGGCACCGUCGACAACGAGUUCCUCAACCGGAAAAGCUCCAAGAAGUGCUGCAUCUUCCACAAGCAGAAGCCAUUCGACGAGGACGACAGCGACGAGGAGGAUGGCGGCGCUGAUCCCCCGACGGAUGGCGGCGCCGGGCCCAGCCAUCGUUGCUGUUCCCAUGAUGGAGGGCACUGA